UAUUUAUUCAAAAGAUAUUUUAUCGCGUCAAAUUGAUCUAGUAAGAAGAUGAAAACAUUACAUCAUAUUACGAUGAAACUGAAAUUCAUCACUUAUGAUGAAACUUGAUUACCACGUGUUCAUUAGACAGCACGCAGAAGAGUGUCAAUUUGUCAGAGCAUAUAUAAGUGUCAAGUAAGCAACUGACUCUUCAGUUUUCAAUUAGAUUCGGUGAAGUUUUUAUAUUAUCAUCUCAUAUUUCUUGUUUCUCAUAAUAUUAAUAUAAAUACAAACAAGUUUUACAAGAAGGCAAUAUUUGACGCAAGUAUAGUGAUUUUCAAAUAGUAUCAAGAAGCAAAGUAUCACGAUGGUGGAUUCCGUCUUUUUAACACGUUCGUUUGGUACACCAGCGGAAGGUGUAAAGGAUCAAUAUGCCGAUGGAAAAGCUGCCAAAGUAUGGGAGAUCUUUAUCGGCGAUAAAAAUCAAAGGACACAAAAUUAUCGAGACUUUUUGGUUGGUCUCCUUAAAGAAAAAGGAUGCAAGAGAAUCUUAGAUGUUGCCUGUGGUACAGGCGUUGAUUCCGUGAUGCUCCUUGAAGAAGGUUUUGAAGUCGUUAGUGUUGAUGCUUCUGAUAAAAUGCUCAAGUAUGCUCUCAAAUCCAGAUGGGAGAGAAGAAAGGAAUCAGCUUUUGAUAAUUGGGUGAUCGAGGAAGCAAACUGGCUGACAUUAUCGAAAGAUAUCAGUCAUCUAAUCGGAGACGGUUUCGAUGCUGUUAUUUGCCUUGGAAAUAGUUUUGCACACAUGCCUGAUUCAUAUGGCGAUCAAAGAGAACAAAAACAAGCCUUUGCUAACUUUGAACGUUGCGUCAAACCAGGUGGAUUGUUUUUGAUCGAUCACAGGAAUUACGAUUAUAUCAUACAAACCGGAAACACACCAUCGAAAUGCAUAUACUAUAACAGUCGACAUACGACAGACAUAAAAACGUCAGUACUUUUUAUAUCAGGCAAACCAGCUAUCGUUACUCUGGAUUACAUGAUCACCAUCGACGGAAAAUCAAAUAGAAAUAAUUCGGAUAAUAUUAACGAAUUUAGAUUAUCCUAUUAUCCUCAUAGAUUGAAUGUUUUUAGCGAAAUGCUUGCAGAAGCAUUUAGAUUUAAAGCAAACCACACAAUAUAUGCUGAUUUUAAACCGUUGGAAAUGGUAAAGAAUCCUGGAUUUUACAUUCACGUGCUGGAAAAGUACUAAUGUAAAUUAAAUGAUCUCUUUACGAAUCCACAAAGGAAAUAAUUUCACGACGAUGUGUGUAAUUAUUACAUUAUUUGACAAAUCGCAAACAUACGUCAUAUUUUGCGAGAGAUGAAUUUUUACUAUAGGAGUUACACAAUCGAUUUUUUCGUGGGAUCAAGAAAUAUGUACAUACAUACAUAAUUCGAAAUUACGUUUGUGAGUUAUUCUCUAUUUUCUUGGGUAAGAGAUACGAGGAGAAAAUUAUAACUCGAAGAGUGAAGAAAAAAAUUCUCUUAGAAUGGUUGUACAUAUAUCAAAUUGUUUUGUAAUGUUAUAUACUAUAGAAAAAAUGUACAAUCGUCUAAGUAUGAUCAUUCUCAUCAAUGUGAUAAUAAUAUAAAGUAUUUAAUAUAUACAGAGAUAUGUGGGAGAUUGAAGAAUAAAACAUUUGUUA